AUGGGCCGAGGAGGAUACCGCCAGAUCAACAAGGCGCUCAACAUCUGCGCAUUCGAGGACUACCUCGACUCGCAGCUAGCAGGCUUGCCAAAGCUGAACGAUGUAGAGAAACUCACCCCUCGCGUACUUCGGAUUCUGGGGCAGAAUGAGGGAAAGUUUACCCUCCAAGGCACAAAUACCUACAUUGUUGGAACCGGUCAGAAAAGACUCAUCAUCGACACCGGCCAAGGGAUUCCCGAAUGGGCAGACCUGAUCGAGAGUACCUUGAAGGAGUCAUCCAUCUCGAUAUCCCACGUGCUGCUGACGCACUGGCACGGCGACCACACGGGAGGCGUGCCCGACCUCCUACGUCUCUACCCGCAUCUCUCCAAUGCGAUCUUCAAGCACACGCCGGGCCCAGGCCAGCAAUCCAUCACCGACGGGCAGGUGUUCCGGGUCGAAGGCGCUACAGUACGCGCCGUGCACGCCCCUGGCCAUUCGCACGACCACAUGUGUUUCGUCCUCGAGGAGGAAAACGCCAUGUUCACGGGCGACAACGUGCUGGGCCACGGCACGGCGGCCGUCGAGAUCCUGCCGACGUGGAUGCAGUCACUGCGCGUCAUGGCCUCGCACCGCUGCGCCCUGGGGUAUCCGGCCCACGGCGAGAUGAUCCGCAACCUGCCGGGCAAGAUCUCGGUGGAACUGCAGGCGAAAGAGCGGCGCGAGAAGAAGGUGCUGGACGCCCUAGACCGGGUCAAGCGCGAACAGAAGCGAGCCGGCUUGGCCUCGGCCAAGGGGAGCGUCACGGUCAAGGACCUGGUUACGGCCAUGUAUGGGGAUCAGCUGGACGAGCAGGUGCGUGAGCAGGCCAUCGAGCCCUUUACGGCCGAGGUCUUGCGCAAGCUUGCGGGCGACGGCAGGGUGGCUUUUGAGCUGAAGGCGGGACAGAGGAAGUGGUUCUCUAUCCGUUGA